ACGAAAAUGGUAAAGUUAAAAUAUUUUUGACGCACACCACUCAAAACCCUAGUCACACCCAUUUCAUAAAACAAAGCUCUUCCUUUGUCACUUUCCUGGAAAAUUUAUCUUCCGUUUUCUCGCUGACACCACCGCACACUCUCACUCUAAUCAACCAUGGCGGACGAAGGUGUUGCCAACGGCGGCGGCGUCGACGAUCAGUACGGCGAGGAAUCGGCGACUAAGAUCGCGGCGUUGCAACGCGAGCGCGACGAGUUGGUGAGCGAAAACGUGGCGAGGAAGGAGGAGAUCAAGAAGCUGACGGCGGAGCUCGACGGAUUGAGGAGCGACGGUGCAGAUAAGAGCGAGAAGAUCGAAGAGCUGCAGAGAGAAGUGGAGCAGUCGCGCGAUGCUGCGAAAGCGACGGAGGUUAUCGCCGCAAGGGCGGCGGACCUGGAGACGGAGGUGGCUAGGCUGCACCACGAUAUGGUAUCAGAAAUGACUGCGGCGGAGGAGGCGAGGGCAGAUGCCGCCGAAUUGAGGAAGGUUUUUGGGGAGAAAGAGUCUAGGGUUGAGUCUCUGGAAAAUGAAUUGGCAGGAUUGAAGAAGGUGAAGGCUGAGAGUGACGUUAGGGUUAGGGAUUUGGAGAGGAAAAUUGGAGUUUUGGAGACUAAGGAAAUUGAGGAAAGGAACAAGAGGAUUAGGUUUGAGGAGGAGACUAGGGAUAAGAUUGAUGAAAAGGAGAGGGAAAUUAAGGGUUACAGACAGAAGGUUGAGGAAUUGGAGAAGGUUGCUGCAGAGAAAAAAACUGAAUUGGAUGAGUUGGUUAAGCAGAAAUUAAGGUUGGAGGAGGCACUUAGAGAAUCUGAGGAGAAAGUGACUGGUCUGGAAUCGAGUAUUCUUCAAUUGCGCAAGGAAGCAAAGGAAGCUGAGAGGGUGAUCAUAUCGCUGAAUGAGAAGGCGGUGGAGACCGUUGAGUCAAUCGAUAGAGGUUUAAAUGGUGUACACAGUGAAGGGAAGGGAUUGAAGUUGCAGUGGCCAGUGGUGGCAGCAGGGUCUACAGGAGCUGUUGUUGCAGCUGCUGCUGUAAUCUACGUGUGCUAUGGGAAACGGAGGUGAUUUUCUGUCUCACCGGAGAGUGAUGAAGGAGUGAGGGGAAUUUGAACUGGAGGAAGUUCUAGAGGUUAGACAUACCAGGUCUUUAGUAGUCAUAGAUAUGCUGCUGCAAUUUUGUUUGUCACAAAAUAAUGCUCCUUGUCUGGCUUUUGUUUUUGAAGCCUGUUAAUUUUUUGCUCAUGUCGAAGUUGGCAUACUACUUGUUUGGUUGUUAGUUGCUUAUUACGAGUAUCAAAUCAUUGUGUGUUGGAUUUAAUAAAUAGGCUGCAAAAUUGAGAUUACUUGUUUCUUUGUGUUUAGUUUGAUCCUUGUUAGCCUGGAGGAUAAACAAUGUCACUGAUGUUAGUUUAAGGCGGCACUUGGUAUCACUUCUUGUCAAUCUAUUCAAUUUCUAAAGUUGAUUUCUGAAUCCAUGUUCAUUUUCA